AUGAAGUUGUGGCGGCAGUCCAACGUUGAAUGGCUGUCGGCAGCCGGUGUGCCGGUGCACUACGUCAAGGCCGGGGGCUCGAGACAUCGCAAGGAGAGGUCUCAUAUUGGCAAUGUGAGCGGGGAAGACCAGAACGGCACUACUGCGAAAGACGGUAAGGAUGAAGGAGAUGCCGCCGGUAGUAGCGUUCUGGCUAUUACCGUCGAAGACUGCAAUAAAGAAAUCAAAGUCCUCCAGACGGUUCUCGAGGCAACCGAGGACUGGAUCGAAACUAUCGAAGGCGCUGCGGCAGUCUGCAUGAAGGGCAAGAGCCUAUCUUCAUCUUUGUCUUUCAGGGAUAUAUUCACCACCACUCAAGAAGGAGAGUUCAUCCCCCCCCCCCCCCCCGCCAUCCGAGGCCAUCGGGCUCAUCAAGCCGUCCUCGCCAGCGCAUACGGCCGCUUCCUACAAAUCAUCGAAGAAGACAAAGACGAGGACGGCUAUGACGCUGGACAUCUUCAACAACCUGGAGACUCUUGUGGAUAUGAAGGAAAGCACCAAAGAUAA